AUGGAUGAUAAAAAGUUUAUGGAAAUAUUAUUAAAAUGGGGUUUAUAACAUAGUUUGAAAGUAAGUACAUUUUUAUUUGAUAUCAAAUUUGAUCAUUUAAAUCCAAGUCAAUUUUUGUUAGAUUUAUUCAAUUCUAAAGAAAUAAGAAGUUCAUUACAUUAUGUUUCAUUUAAAUAGAAUAUAAUGUUAUCAUAGAUUAAAUUUUAAGCUUUGACAUGUAAAUCUAUUAAAUUAGAUUUGUUUGAUAAAUUAACAGAAGAUAGAAUUGUUGUAAAGGGACAUAUCAAAUAAUGUUUUGAAGAAUAAUUUGAAAAUAUUUAAAUAGCUGAUGAAGUACGUAAAGCACUUGUUAUGGAAGAUUCUGAAUAAUAUUGUGUAUUUAAUGAAGCUGAUAGAUAAGAAUUAUUAUUUAGAUUAUUUCAAAUUUUAGUUUUGGGAGGAUAACUUUGUUAAUAUGAAGAUGAUAUAUAAGCUUAUUUAGAUUGGACUAAAUAUUUAUAUAAAAAUACAGUGAAGUAUUAUUAUAUAAAUUAAUAAAAGCGCUCGAAAAUAUGCAGAUAAGGAUGAAAUUUAUAUAGAUUCAUAUGCAUAUGAAAUAAAGAAAUUAGAGAAUUCAUAUAUUUCAGAUCAUCCUUAAAAUGUAAUGUAUGUUGUUGUGAAUCCAUCAUUAAGAAUUGUUAAUAUCAUAGAAAAUUAAUGGUUAAAAGUAUGGUGA